AUGUCCUCUCCAGUGAUUGGUAUCACCUUUGGUAACACCUCUUCUUCUAUUGCUUACAUCAACCCAAAAAACGACGUUGAUGUCAUUGCCAACCCAGAUGGUGAGCGUGCCAUUCCAUCCGCUUUAUCCUACGUCGGUGAAGAUGAAUACCACGGUGGUCAAGCUUUGCAGCAACUAAUAAGAAAUCCUAAGAAUACUAUCAUCAACUUCCGUGACUUCAUUGGUUUACCAUUUGACAAGUGUGAUGUCAGCAAGUGCGCUAACGGUGCCCCAGCUGUCGAAAUUGAUGGUAAAGUUGGGUUUGUUAUUUCAAGAGGUGAAGGCAAAGAAGAAAAACUUACUGUCGAUGAAGUUGUCUCCAGACAUUUGAACAGAUUAAAGUUAGCUGCGGAAGAUUACAUUGGUUCCGCCGUAAAGGAAGCUGUAUUGACAGUUCCAACAAACUUCACCGAAGAACAAAAGGCUGCAUUGAAGGCUUCUGCUGCCAAGAUUGGUCUGAAAAUUGUUCAGUUCAUCAAUGAACCUUCUGCUGCUUUAUUAGCUCAUGCUGAACAAUUCCCAUUCGAAAACGAUGUUAACGUCGUCGUUGCCGACUUUGGUGGUAUUAGAUCUGAUGCCGCUGUCAUUGCCGUUCGUAAUGGCAUUUUUACUAUUUUGGCCACUGCUCAUGACCUCAACUUAGGUGGUGACAAUUUGGAUACUGAAUUAGUUGAAUAUUUUGCUAGUGAGUUCCAAAAGAAGUACCAAGCUAAUCCAAGAAAGAACGCUAGAUCCCUAGCCAAGUUAAAGGCUAACUCUUCCAUUACUAAGAAGACUUUAUCCAACGCCACUUCAGCUACUAUUUCUAUCGAUUCCUUAGCUGAUGGUUUUGACUAUCACGCUUCUAUCAACAGAAUGAGAUACGAGUUGGUAGCUAACAAGGUCUUUGCCCAAUUUUCCUCUUUCAUUGAUUCUGUCAUUGCCAAGGCUGAAUUAGAUCCAUUAGAUGUCAAUGCCGUUCUUUUGACUGGUGGUGUAUCAUUUACUCCAAAAUUAACCACCAACUUGGAAUACACCUUACCAGAAUCUGUUGAAAUUCUUGGUCCACAGAACAAGAACGCUUCUAACAAUCCAAAUGAGUUAGCUGCUUCUGGUGCUGCUUUGCAAGCCAGAUUGAUUAGCGAUUACGAUGCCGACGAAUUAGCUGAAGCUUUACAACCAGUUAUCGUCAAUACUCCACAUUUAAAGAAGGCCAUUGGUUUACUUGGUGCUAAGGGCGAAUUCCACCCAGUAUUGCUGGCUGAAACUUCGUUCCCUGUACAAAAGAAAUUGACUUUGAAGCAAGCCAAGGGCGAUUUCUUGAUUGGUGUUUACGAAGGUGACCAUCACAUCGAAGAAAAGACUUUGGAACCAGCUCCAAAAGAAGAAAAUGCUGAAGAGGAAGAUGAAAGUGAAUGGUCCGACGAUGAACCUGAAGUCGUCAGAGAAAAACUAUACACUUUGGGUACCAAGUUGAUGGAAUUGGGUAUUAAGAACGUUAACGGCAUUGAAAUUAUUUUCAACAUUAACAAAGACGGUGCUCUAAGGGUCACCGCUAGAGAUUUGAAAAGUGGUAGUGCUGUUAAGGGUGAAUUAUAG